AUGAUAUUCAAAAAGGUUGAUGAUAAUGAUGAGACUGAAGUAAUGUUUAAUAUUAAAGAAGAAGAUCGAGAAAUGAUGAUGUUUGAAUGGUUGGCAGAUAUAAAUAGUGAACCAAUAAUUCCUUCUACAAGCAAUGCUAAUAAUAAAACAAAAAAAUCCCCCCAAAAUAAACAGAGAAAUAAUAUUGCUAGAACUAGCUAUAAUAAAGAUGACUUGGCCGAAUGUAUUAAGAAUAAUAAGAAACGUCGAGACCGAUGGUGGUUUAUAAAAAUAUAA